AUGGCAGUGGUGACUCGGCCGUUGGUCACUGCAGGCCUCAUUGGUCCUAAACUGACGGUCCCAACGACCCCCGAUGAGAAUUCGUCCUUAGAAACGCCAAUAUUUCCAGACGACAUACCAAGAGAUUCAUUAUUACAAAAGAUAUCAUCUGAAGCAGAACUGGACACCGAGACUCUGUACUUCCGAGACGGUCGAAGGAGGAUUGACAUGGUGCUGGUCUACCAAGAAGACACUAACGGAGUGAUGACAGAGAUCGAAGCUCGUCGAAAAGAGCAGAGGCGAUGUUUCCAACAGAAUUUACUAAAAGAAGGCCUGCAACUAGAAUUGGAACCAAAAGAAAAUUCCUUCGAUGGGAAGACUUACUUUCUGAAACUGCACAUCCCUUGGAAGAUCAAAGUUCAAUAUGCUGAAGUGAUGAACUUGAAGUUACCAACAAGAUUCAUCACCAUCUCUGUUAAAGCUUGGGAUGAUGAAGACGUGAAGGAGAGACCUAAGGUCUGGGAGAAGUUAUUAAAAUGGUUCAAGUGGGUGAAGAAGAUACACACUUGGGACAGUAAAAAGUAUCCUGAAGAGCCUAGCUUCUACGAUAGCAUCGAUUCAGGUGAUAAGGAAGAGAGGUUUUUUGUCCAUCCGGGAGACGCGGACGCUAGGUCUUCAGAGUUCUUUCGGAUAAAAACCGACGUAUGCGACCCAGCCGGUUGCCUAUCAGAAGUCUGCAUCCAGUUAGCCAUCAUAAUGGUAGGAAAACAGUGUUUCAACAAUUUCGUCGAGAUACUAUCACCAAAACUGUGGAACUGGUGGCGUAAAAGGAACCACGUAGCUGCCACAAUCGAGCACGCUAGGCAUUAUACCUACUGGGAGAAGGAUUACCAACUACAGGAUCCUGGUAGACUUGCGCUCUUCGAUGAAUAUCUAGAAAUGAUUUUGCAAUAUGGGUUUGUCACACUGUUCGUAGCAGCGUUCCCCUUGGCGCCAUUGUUCGCGUUACUCAAUAAUAUAGCUGAGAUAAGGUUGGAUGCGUAUAAAAUGAUAAAAGAAGCUAGGAGACCGCUGGCUGAGAGGGUUGAAGACAUAGGCGCUUGGUAUGGGGUACUACGUGGAGUAACCUACGUCGCAGUAGUGUCAAACGUACGUGUAUCUAAUUACCAACUACUAACAAUUAACAGACUAUACAUUUUUAUGCAAACUAAGAAAACUUGGAUGGUAUCAUGGAUGAACAUGGACGUUUGCAUUUUUUUUACUGCUAUUGGAUGUCCAAAGACAUGAUCCUCCAAAAAAUGAUUUUUUACCCUGUUUCAUCUCACCAAG